UUGUGUAUACUUGAAGUAUUUAUGGAUUAAAACCUGAUUAUUUAAACCUCCUAAAUCAAGAAUGACCCUUACAGAGUUACACCACUUUUAUCACCAUCACUAAACACAUCAAAAUCCUAGAGUCCACUAUAACACUAGGCAUUGAUUCGAACCCCAAAAAAAACAAACCACCAAAAAAAAAAGGAUGGGAUGGUACCUGUGGUCCUCUAAUAUCCAUCAUCCCUGCUUUCUAUUACUCCCUCCCUCCAACUUCAACUUCAACUUCUACCUCAACUUCAACUUCUACUUCAACUUCAAUUCCAUCUUCUCCACUGCAAUAAUUUCCCCUCAAACUUUUCCUCACCUGCAACAAAAGAAUGGAGACAGGGAAAGAGGAAGGCAAGAGCAUCAUGCAGGUGUCGGAAUUGGAGGAGGAAGCUGAGGAAGACCAAGAUGACAGUAAGAAAAAAGCGUUGACUCUGUCUAAGAGAAGGGUUUCCAGUGGAGGAUCGUCGGCACAGCGGUCCUGUCAGGUAGAGGAUUGCACGGCCGACAUGGCGGAUGCCAAGCCGUACCACCGCCGGCACAAGGUUUGUGAAUUUCAUGCCAAGGCUGCUGUGGUGCUCCUGGCUGGGCAGCACCAGCGCUUCUGUCAGCAGUGCAGCAGACAAAGCUUUCAACUUUUGACAGGGAAAGCAACAGACAAACACAAUAUGUCAUAUUGGCACUUUAGUAAGGAAUGCAUUAAUGGAGUCCUCCACAUUGAGAUUUCACUAUCUGCUUUCACGGCUAACAUGUUCUACAGGUUCCAUGACAUAUCUGAGUUCGACGAAGCUAAAAGAAGCUGUCGCAGGCGCUUGGCUGGACAUAAUGAGCGGCGCCGCAAGAGCUCCUAUGAUUCUCACUAACAAGCUAAGAGUCAUUUCAUCAAUAUUAAGGCCACCUGCAAAUUAUGUCCCUAUCAGGGAUGAUAACAAUGGAAUGGCCUUCCAGGAUAAAGCUCUUUACCAUUCUGAUCACUAAGAAUGCUCCCUAUCUUCUGUCAACUGCUGGAUUUCUGUUAACAAAGAACAUUGGCUUUGUCCCAGUCUCAGAAACUAGCUUCCAAUCUGCAUAAUAAAUCUUAAGGAUUAUUUGGUGUUUGGUCUGUCAGACAUAUGCACAGCAAUCUAUAAUGCCCCACAGAAUUCCAUCUUA